AAGUUGUUGUCUUUAUCUUCUUCAACUUGUCAGGGAUUCCCUGUAACGCGGCAAUCCUGAAGAAGAAAUAUCACAAAAGCAGAGAGAGCAAUACGACCAAAGACUUUGAAGGUUAUGUCAUAACCGUUUUAAGGGUUUGUUUCCUACCCAGAAGACUCUGCUGCUUGUUGGAUCUCCCUCUCUCUCUCCCUAAGGGAAGGUUGUGGUCUCAUUUGGGUUGGAUUGUUUCUUCUGAAAUCACCUGAGAGUUUUCUGUGUGUUUGUUGGGAGGAAAGAGAAAUCAAAUGCCGGAGGAAGAUUUGGUAGAGCUUAAAUUCCGGUUAUAUGACGGUUCUGAUGUCGGUCCGUUUCAGUACUCUCCAACCGCCACUGUAGCAAUGCUCAAGGAGAGACUCGUCUCUGAAUGGCCUAAAGACAAGAAGAUUGUUCCAAAAGCAGCUAGUGACAUCAAGCUGAUAAAUGCUGGUAAGAUUUUGGAGAAUGGUAAAACUGUUGCUCAGUGUAAAGCUCCAUUUGAUGAUCUCCCUAAAUCCGUCAUUACAAUGCACGUUGUCGUUCAACUGUCUCCAACAAAAGCAAGACCAGAGAAGAAAAUUGAAGAGGAAGAAGCUCAACAAAGAAGCCUUUGCUCAUGUACCAUAAUGUGAAAGAAGAAUAAGUCGCAAACCUCAAAUCUGAAAGAGAAGACUUUAGAAGCGUCUUUAAAGUCUUGUUUCAUUGUGGUUUUUGCUAGAAGACCCUAAAAACAUAAGUUACCAUUCUCACGCUUCAUGUUUUGUAUUCAUCAAAAGUUUAAAGAAAGCUUCAUCAAUGGCGUUUCUUGAAGUCGUUAUCUCUUGCAUUGUGAUGAAAACUCUUGUUUGGAGCAACUUAAUAUAAAGAGUAGAUUCUUUUUUUGUUUCCAA